GCUUCCAUCAGUUCCCACCGUUCUCACUAUCAAACAAAAAUUCAACAUUUCAUAGCGUCUUAGUUUCCGGGUAAACAAACGUGUAUUAAGACAGAAAUUUUGCAGUGUUUAGCAGUGUUUAGCAGUGUUUAGUGACACCGCUGGAAAUGUUAAUUGAUUUUCGACAUGGAUUGUUAUCGUCUUGACAACGAAUUUGUGAGAUUAUGAUUAUAAAUAUACGCCGUCUAAGUAACCGCAACUCUGCCGGAAUGGCUGUAAACAUGAUUUUGUACUUAAGUCUAGCGUUGUCGAUACUGACGAAUUUUUACGUAAUCGCUAACGAUGAUGUUAAUGCAACUAUCAAGUGCCAAUUCAGCAAACCUAUGCGCAAACAGGUACCAGCAGAACCUUUGAACGGCAUGUGCCUGCGAGAUGCCGUCGUGCACUUGUCCAAGACACUGCAAUCCAUCGUCGACAAGGAGCUCGGUGUGUCUGUAUUCCAGAAAAUGAUUAAUAAGAUGGAAUUUAUACAUACUUUAAGCGACAUGGAUAUGAGACUGAACUCAUUAGUUGAUAAAUUCAACAAUAAAUUAAGAUCGUACGAUGAUAUUCUUAAGCAGAGUUACAACGCCAUAUAUCCUAUCCUGUCCAAGAAACAGGAUUACUCUGCUUAUUCUAGUCAAAUGGUCAAUUUGGACAUUACACAGAACAGAGUUACAGAUAUAUGCACUGAGAUUAUGACAGCACUUACAACAGUUUUAAGAAAUCAAGAGUGGAAAAACUUGCAUAUAUUACCUAUAAACCAACCAAGCACAUUGUGUGGACCACCUACAUUGGCUCACAAUAUUGGCCCACUUUUGUUAUCUCAAUAUUGUCCCGAGAAGAAUGUCAUUUUACUUUUGGAUCAUGGUGCAUCUAUAUCCGAGUCUGAGCUUGCCUUGGCUCAAAUGGCAACUAAAAGUAUCAUAGAUAUGCUAUCUGAGACAGAUAAUGUUACUGUCGUUGGCCUUGCCAACAUCGCUCCUCUGUUUUGUAAAGAUGGCUUAUUAAAGGCGACAGAUAUUAAUAAAUUUCAAUUAGCACGUCAUAUCGAUGGCUUAACUAGAACAGAUUCAAAUCAAACGACAAAUGUCAAUUUUAAAAAAUUAACACAGAAUCUAAGAGGUGAAGUGAUUAUUAUACAUAUUACCAAUAAAUUUAAAAAUACAUCAAACGUGCAAAGAAUUCUUGAUGUUAUUUUAGAGGAGCAUAAAGCUUAUCUCAAAACUAUACUUAUUGCUUCAAAUGACCAUUUGUACAACAAUAUUAAAGAGUUUUUAAACAGUGACAAUAUUAUAACUCUCCCAACGCAAAAUGUCUUGGGAUAUGAGAUAGGAAAAUUAUUUUCUUGCUUGCAAUGUCCUGAUCAGCACAAAAAAGAUUAUUACAUAUCAGACUCAUAUUUUGAGCCAUAUAAUAAGGCAAUGACACUGUCUAUUGGCCAGAUCACAAGUACCGCUCUAUUGUCCUUAGACAUAAAAUUGCGUGAUUUCCUUGCCGAUAUAACAUAUUAUAAGGCCAGUCCACACAUAAAUAUUAUACUCUUCGACAACAAAGGUGUCGUUUGGAUGCAUAAAAAUUUUCCCAGGGUUGAGAUGAUAAUUGAGCAACCUCUCAAAGUGCAUUUACAAGAUAUUGAAAAUAUAGACACUCGGACAGUAAUGAAAAUGAUAAAUGAGAAUAAAGGAGACAUAAAUGUGAAAACAAAAUUGGGUGAGCAGAGACGAUACAGAUGGAGACAUUUAAUUUAUGAAGACUUAAUAAUCUGUUUUGUGUCCACAACUUCACGUGAGGAGAAUAUAACGUCUAUUUCAAGGGCCACGCUUUCGACGAACAUAUUGCACCAUCGCCUCGAUCUUAUACAUCAAAAUAUUAUUGAUAAAGACACACUUUGCAUCUAUAGGAACAGGAUUAUAACUUUGUCAACGGGAGUAGUUUAUUUGUCACCAUGGUGCUUUCAAUCUCCAAUGGAACAACUGAAAUUAUUGGAGACUGGUUCAUCGAUGACUGUACAGAGUUACAUGGCGUACUUAAAAGACUUGACGGGUCUCUUGGCCAAUCCUGGUUUGCAUUCAUCUGUAAAACCAGAUGUAGCGAUGUUGGCGCAACUUUUGGAAUAUUUUAAGAACCAACAUACCGAGAGUUCGUUAAACAAAUUUAUAAUAAAAAGAUAUGUCGUAACUGCAAUCACCGGUGUACUGGAGAUAUUUCCAGGAAUGGUAUUGGAUUCUGGAUUUGAUCCCAAGAGACGAAUGUGGUACGGGAAAGCGCUGGAGCAUCCUGAUAAAGUAAUCUUGACUCCUCCAUACUUGGACGCAACUGGAUCAGGCUAUGUGGUCACUUUGAGUAAAAUCGCUGGAUAUUUCAUAAAAGAUCAAAGAAGUUCAGAUCACGCUUUUGCCAUCGUAUCUAUGGACGUAACGAUGGGUUACGUCAUGAGACUGCUGUUGGAAAUGUUUCCGUUCUGUAACGAAACAACAGUAAAAUGCUUUUUGAUGGAUGACAAAGGUUAUUUAGUGACUCAUCCGGCAUUAUUGGAGGCGUCAGGCAAGAUUGAGCAACAACAUUUAACACACAAAGAGCUUUUAGUGGCCAAUGAUAUAUUGAACCACGGAUUAUUCGUAAAAAAGAAAGUGUGCGCCAAUCACUUGGACGGUACUAUACAAAGAUACUAUCAAUUUAACACGUCGCUCGACGAGGUGCUCACUAAUAUAGCACACGGUGAGCACUGUGUCAGAUAUCAGGUAGCUGCUGUGCCAGGCACCAAUGUGUUCCUUGGUGUCGUCAACGUGACGACUCAAUGCAAUCAGCUUAGAGCCUUUUGUCCGUGCAGUACGAUGGAUCAUUCGUGCUUGAAUUGCAAGAGCAUGGAACAAACCGGUUGCGAAUGUCCUUGCGAAUGCUCUUUGUACUCUUCCAGCUGCACACAGCAGAAUACCGACAAUCUAAAAUCUUGCGCGCCUCUGUACGAGCAGGGGUCGAGUCUGCAAACGCCGUGGAUACAACCGACGAACUUAAAAUCAUGCCCGUCUAUCGAUUGCAAAUCGUACACGACGAAGAGAGAUUGUUUAGGCAUCGCAGAUUGUCAAUGGUGUCACAUCGACACCGACGGGGAGACACCUUUGCAACAUCCGUUCUGUUCCGACGUGUCCGUGUGCUUCAAGGGAAUCUUCGGAUCUUUGAUACCUUUCAAUGACGGUAGUUAUAAUUCACAAUCGAUGGACGAAAUUGCGGCACAAGAGUGGCCGUCGGUUGGACCAGUGGCCGGUGGAAUCCUCGCGUUGGUUUUAUUCCUAGUCGGCGUUCUAUUCUGCUACAGAUUACGAUCGAUGCAUUCAGGCUUGGAGCAUCAGUGUUUGCAUCUCCGUACUUCGCCCGACACGUUGCGUAUGACGCACGUCGACGGUGAUCCGGAUCCAGCCGAGCUGGAUCAAACGAAAAACAAUUUGGAUUGCCUCGUGAGAGACAAUCUCGCGCCCAUAUCUCCGUAUAGGGUAUCCAGCAACUACAGAAGACCGCCCGGUGGGGAUAGUGAUCACGGAUACAGCACGAUGACGCCCCACGACGACUCCGAGCAGCAGACAAUCGCUUCCGAGCCUCUGCUAGUCGUCGGCAAUAAUGUCGAGUCGGAUUUAAACAAACAAUCCGGCAUUGGAGUGCCUUCUCCCAUAACGUACUUAGGAUCGCCGCAUCAUGUCUUAGCGCCUGUGACUGUCCAUCGCGAUAUGGAAACGAAUUACUGUUAGCGAAACUCGAAAUUAACUGCCAUUUGAAAAGUUAAAAUACACGUGGUUUUUUUUUUUUUGAAACAUUUUGUUGUAGAAAUCCGAUCAUUUUUUCUUUGCA